AUGGAAAUGUUGAAAACGACAUCCGAGAAUCUGGAGAAAAUGCUACAACCAGGAGCAUUGAUCGAUAGCCAGGGAACAAAAGGGCCAAAGCUCGCGCGCACCAUUACGGAUGCUAUGGACUUGGCACGAAAACUUAGCUGUCCUUUCUUCUGGACAGACUGCAUAUGCAUUGUCCAAGGCCCUGGUCAGGAAGAAAUUGAUGAACGGACCAUGUUUCUGAAUGAAAUGGCUUCUAUAUAUGCCAACGCAUACGUUACAAUUGUUGCUGCAGAGGGAGCGGAUGGUAAUUCCGGCAUUCCAGGAAUCGGUCGCUGCUCAGAGCCGCGGGAUACGCUCUGGAGCGAAAUGCAAUUCCCUGGUCAUACUCUAUUGCUUGGACGUGAUUGUGACACUAGACAUGCCUUGUAUGGCCGAGACAAGACAUGGUCGACUCGCGGAUGGACAUUUCAGGAGUCCUACCUAUCACGACGGGUUCUUGUUUUCACGUCAAUCGUGAGCUUCCACUGUCAAAAACACACAAGCUGUGAAUGGGACUUGGCACCUCACGGUAUGAGGAGAGGCUGGAUUGACCGAAUAUCUUUCGUUUGCAAUGUUCCAAACUGGCCUUACAUUGGCCACUACCUGGAUGUGGUUCGAGAGUAUAUGAAGAAGAAUCUGUCAUUUGACGAUGACACACUCCACGCUUUUGCUGGCGUGACGACAGUUUUAAAGCAGUCCUUUGAUUCGGGAUUUCACUACGGUCUACCAGAGGUGUUUUUUGAUGCUUCUCUGCUAUGGGAACCGGACUGGGCAAAUUCGACUCCUCUUCAGCUCCGAAAGACAGAGAAAUUAUUACUUCCGAGCUGGUCAUGGGUACGCACGAGGGGUCCAAUCAAGACACGCAUAUGGAGGUAUUUUGCAGAAGACUUUUACAAAGAUACGUCGUUCAGGAACCAUUAUGAGCUCAAACCUCUAGUUCAAUGGUGGAAAACCAGGCCCCAGGGAGAGACACCAAAGCUGAUUACAUAUCAACACUUCAGCAACCAUGCCUCGAUGCCUCCAGGCUGGACUUGUCGGGGCGCUGAGCGCAGAUAUGAUGCCAAUUAUUCACACUCUUCGUCUCCAGACACAAAAUACCCGCACCCUUUCCCAUUUCCCGAGAGUGCCGAAGCACCUCUUCAGGAUGUUGAGUAUGGCCCAUUACUGAGAUGUGUCGCACACCGAGGAUGGCUGGUCAAAUCAAACAAGUUCGAAAAGUAUGAUACCGUCACAAUGUAUGGCACAUUCAACCUUUGUCUCAGCGACGGAACCUGGGCUGGGAUAUUAUUUGACGAUCGACUGGACCAAGGUUUCCCCCAAAAGUCUAGCGAGAAAUGCGAAGUAAUUGCCAUUGCUGAGGGGCGGGUUCCUGGUAUGGAUGAUGACUAUUCCUUACCCGAGUACCGGGUGAUUCAGCGAGCAAUCUUUCCAGGGGAAGAGGUGUCGGGUCGCAGAGACUUUUGUUAUGAGUUCUAUUUUAUCCUUUGGAUCGGCUGGCUUGAUGGCAUUGCAUACCGGAGGGGCAUUGGAAGAGUUCUUAAGGGAGUGUGGGAGAACAUGGAGCUUGAGAAGAUUGAAGUAACCCUCGGUUAG